AAAGCAGAAAGAAACAGCAGACUCUCAACCAAACUGAGACCCUUCACACCUCACCAUGAUCUGCGUUCUGCUAUUAACACUGCUCGCUGUGGUGUCAGCGGACCGGCUGCCCCGCAGCUGCGGCACCUGCGACCCGAGUAAGUGCGCUCUGCUGCCGGCCGAGGGCUGCUCCUCCGGGACGCUGCUGGAUGCGUGCGGCUGCUGCGAGCUCUGCGCGUCGGGGGCUGGAGAGCCGUGCGGGGGACGCGGAGCCUCAGCUAAGCGCUGCGCGUCCGGACUCGAGUGCGUCAAGAGCGACAAAGACAAGAAGAGUAAAUCAGGGGUCUGCGUCUGCAAGAGCAACUAUCCUGUGUGCGGCACUGACGGCGUGAACUACAACAGCGGCUGUGAGCUGAAGGCAGCAAGUGUGAGAGCAGUGAAGGACAAAAAACCCGAGAUUAAGAUUCGGAACAAGGGCAAAUGCGCUCAAGCACCAGUUAUUGUAACAGCUCCAGGAGAGGUCUGGAACGUGACUGGCUCGCAGGUCUUCCUGAGCUGUGAAGCCACCGGGAUACCAACACCCGUGCUCACCUGGAGAAAAGUAUCUAACAGCAAAGUCAAGACUCUUCCACUCCCUGGAGACAAAGACAACCUGGCCGUCCAGACCCGCGGAGGCCCGGAAAAGCACGAGGUUACUGGCUGGGUGCUAAUAUCUCCACUUACCAAGGAUGAGGACGGCUCCUACGAGUGUCACGCCAGCAACAUCCAGGGUGAAGCAUCGGCCGUGGGCACCAUUCACGUGGUGGAUUCCAUCAAUGACAUUCCUCCCAAGAAGGGGAAGGAUGAUGAGCUGUAAGAUGAUGUGGCCUAUGACUGAGAUGUUGAAACACUACGCCUGUGCACUGAUGACAAGAAUCUAGCGCAAACACUGCUCACGCACUCCGCAUGAACCCCAAACAGCAGCUCGCACAUGGACACUUUAUUCUAUAGAAGUUGUUCAGAGACACUCACAAAAACCCAGACCCCAACAUUUCUCCAUUCCUACACUUUACCUCACUCUAUAAUGUGUCUGCCAGCUGAAAAAACUUUGAUACUGUAAAGCGCCAACCAAGACAACCAUCACCUUGAUUUUUUAAAAGAUGCACGCACUCGGACCCGAGAACACAAACAUUUAGGCACGCACACUUCUUACGGCACAUCAUAUCAUUCACAUGCAUGUGAAGGCACUCAAAUAUCUCAUCUCCACUUAUCAUAUGCAUGUUUUUCUUCUCCUUGUUAUUUUGCAAGAUGGUUUUGAUAAUACAAAUUGUACUCAUUCCUUUAGUUUUCUUUUGGUUGAUGUCUAUGGUGCUGAAAAACAAUUAUUUUAAGCGUCAACUAUUUGUGCACAAUCUCUAAGACUUUUAGAUGCUGCUCCUCCAAGGUUCAGUUAAAACUUUAAGACUACUUCAUCAAAAUCAGGGUUUCUCAAAUGUUUUAGUAUUAUGAACCAAAAAUCAAAUUUAAUUGAGAAACAUGGGCCAUGAGUAAAUGUUACAUUAUAUCCAACUAGAUUUUAUUUAUAAAUAUUUUUAAAAAAUCUUAUUUUUUUUUAUCCAAAUUAAAUAGCAAAAAAAAAAAAAAAAAAGUGUAUUGACGUGAAAGCAAGCCAACAAAAAUACUUUUUUUUUUUUAAAUUAACGCCAUGACGAGUCACACCUACAGUAGUUCAGAGGAGGUUUAGUUUAAUUUUCUGGGUGUUAAGAAUUAACAUUUUCCGUUGGUUCCCAUAUUACAGUAGAAUUAAGUGUUGUCCUCUAAAAGUCUGAGCAUCUAAUGCAUCUGUUUAUAUGUUUUGAUAUUUGUAUAACACUAAUGAAUAAAGAUGUACUUGAAGAAG